AUGGGUAGUGGUGGUAAAGACUUUAGUAUUUAUCAAUUAGAAGAAAAUUUUCUUUUGUUUUUUUAUUCAGGUUCAAAAACGAUUACAAUAAUUAAAACUGUCACAGAUCCGAAUUUAAUCAAAGAACUUCAACGUUAUCGUGAAGAAAAUUCUCUAUUAAUGGAUAAAUUUUAUCAACUUACACAACAAAUUGAAAAACAAAGAAUAAAUUCCUAUGAAGAUCUUCAACAAAUUAAUCAAUAUGCAGCUCAAAAUUUAAUUAAAUUUGCUUCUAAUACACAACCAUUUCAAUUAGGUGAACGUUCGUUUGGUGUUUUUGGUUUAACAUCAACAGGAAAAAGUACAAUAAUCAAUAAACUUAUUGGAUUUGAUUUAGCUGAAACAGGAGCAGGUGAAACUACACAAGAAAUUCAACCAUAUGAUGGACAAGGAUAUCGUCUUUAUGAUAUUCCUGGUAGAAAUGAUGAUCUAUCAUAUUUUACUAUGGAGUAUAUUGCAUUUUGGAAAGGUUUAACUGGUCGGUUAAUAGUAAUAACAUCAACGAUCGAAGAAAUGACAAAAGUAUUUCGUCUUCUUGAUGCAAUUCAUCUUCGUUAUGAUUAG